CGGGAAGCUCACCCACCACCCGCUCGGCGGAGACCCACGAACACUCAGCGGAGGGAGCAGCGCGGCGACGCACGCUGGGCACCAUGGCCCAGACCUUCGACAAGCCCAAAGUGGAGCUGCACGUCCACCUUGAUGGAGCCAUCAAGCCAGAAACCAUCUUAUACUACGGCAAGAAAAGGGGGGUCGCCCUCCCUGCUGACACGGUAGAGGGCCUGAAGAACAUCAUCGGCAUGGACAAGCCGCUCUCCCUCCCGGGCUUCCUGGCCAAGUUCGACUACUACAUGCCUGCCAUUGCGGGCUGCCGGGAAGCCAUCAAGAGGAUUGCCUAUGAAUUUGUGGAGAUGAAGGCCAAUGAGGGUGUGGUGUACGUGGAGGUGCGCUACAGCCCACACCUGCUGGCCAACUCGAAAGUGUAUCCGAUUCCCUGGGGCCAGCAAGAGGGGGACCUCACCCCUAGUGAGGUGGUGGCCCUAGUGAACCAGGGCCUGCAGGAGGGGGAGCGAGACUUCAGGGUGAAGGUGCGGUCCAUCCUGUGCUGCAUGCGCCACCAGCCGGACUGGUCCCCUGAGGUGGUGGCGCUGUGUAAGAAGUACCGGGAGCAGGGUGUGGUGGCCAUCGAUCUGGCUGGAGAUGAGACCAUCCCAGACAGCAGCCUCUUCCAGGGACACCUGCAGGCCUACGAGGAGGCUGUGAGGAGCGGCAUUCACCGCACCGUCCACGCCGGGGAGGUGGGGUCGGCAGAAGUGGUCAAACAGGCUGUGGAAAGACUCAAGACAGAGAGGCUGGGACAUGGCUACCACACCAUAGAGGACCCGGCCCUUUAUGCCAAGUUGCUGGCAGAAAACAUGCACUUUGAGGUCUGUCCCCGGUCCAGCUACCUCACAGGCGCCUGGAGGCCAGAAACAGAGCACGCGGUGGUUCGGUUCAAAAGGGACAAGGCUAACUAUUCCAUCAACACGGAUGACCCGCUCAUCUUCAAGUCCACCCUCAACACCGAUUACCAUAUGCUCAAAAAUCUAAUGGACUUUACUGAAGAUGAGUUUAAGAGACUGAACAUCAAAUCAGCCGAGUCCAGCUUCCUCCCAGAAAAUGAGAAGAAGGAGCUUCUUGAUCAGCUCCACAAGGCCUAUGGGAUGUGACCUGCAGCCCCUGCAGCAGGGCAGUGUCCGUGAAGAUGUCAGGGCCAUCUCGCUGAGCCCUUGUCCUGGGAUGGCAUCUUCACAACCAAUUUGAGCGACGCUCUGACUUCUCACCUCAGGAGGACUGAUUUCCAUGGUCAGCUGUUGCGGUUCUUGAAGUCAGGGUCCCCGCCAUGCACACCUGUGCUCUGCACAUCACCCCCCCCCCCCACUCUGAUCAUGGGUGCGGGCCGGGUUGAAUCUGAAACCUUCCUGUGAUGAUUCUAAGCUGGUGCCUAAUAAAAUAACCAGGACUGGUAUCGGGCAGCACUGGAGUGGCGUGUGGUCUUGGCGAGGUGGGCAUGGAGCCUUUGGGG